AAUCUGAUCACUCCUUAAUAAAAGGUACUUAUCUUUAAUAUCCUUCUUAAUAUUAUUUUAACCUAAAGAGAAAAAUAAAAAUGAAAACUUAAUUAGGCUUAUUAUAAAUACACGUUUCGGACAGCUUGAACUAGUUUAUGUGUUUUAUAAAACGAUAAAAAAAGAGGAACUAGUCUAAACCCUAAAACAAGAGAUGGCGUCUUCUUCUCGGUCGGAGAAACGAUGCCUCUACGAGAUUCUCGAUGUAAGCAAGGAAUCAUCGCCGGAAGAGAUCCGAUCCUCCUACCGGCGUCUGGCUCUCCAGCGUCAUCCCGACAAGCUCAUCAAGGCCGGCGGAAUAUCGGAGGCCGACGCCACCGCCCAGUUCCAAGAGCUAGUUCACGCCUACGAGGUUCUAUCCGAUCCCAAGGAGCGAGCCUGGUAUGACUCCCACCGAUCUCAGAUCCUAUUCGCCGACCAAGGCUCCGCCGGCGGCUCAAAAUCCGGUGGAAUGCCCGGCGGCUCGGUCCCGGAUCUAUUCGCGUUCUUCUCCACCACCGUGUACUCCGGUUACUCGGACACCGGUAAGGGGUUCUACAAGGUGUACUUCGAGGUGUUCAACAGUGUUUACCUCAACGAGAUCAAGUUCGCGAGGACGUUGGGGCUGAGUAUUGACUCUGUGAGAGAGGCUCCCAUCAUGGGGAACCUAGAGAGUCCUUACUCUCAGGUGACGGCGUUUUAUAACUACUGGUUGGGGUUCAGCACGGUGAUGGAUUUCUGCUGGGUGGAUGAGUACGAUGUGAUGGCUGGGCCUAACCGGAGGAUGAGGAGGAAGAUGGAGGAGGAGAAUAAGAAGGUGAGAAAGAAGGCGAAGAGAGAGUACAACGAGACGGUGAGGGGGUUGGCUGCGUUUGUGAAGAAGAGGGAUAAGAGAGUGGUGGAUAUGAUGGUGAAGAAAGGUGCGGAGAUGGAGUUGAAGAAGGCGGAGGAGAGGGAGAGGAAGAAGAAGAUGGAGAAGGAGAGGUUGGAGAGGGCUAUGAACUACGAGGAGCCUGAUUGGGCGAAGGCGCAGGAUGAAGAGGAGGAAGAAGUGGAAGAGGAUGGUGGUGGUGAUGAUGGUAAGAAGAAGAGUGAGCAGCUCUAUUGCAUUGUUUGUAGCAAGAAGUUCAAAAGUGAGAAGCAGUGGAAAAACCAUGAGCAGUCGAAGAAGCAUAAAGAGAAAGUGGCUGAGUUGAGAGAGACGUUCAGUGAUGUAGAAGAGGAGGAGGAGGAGAUUGAUGAGAUUCCGGAAACUGUAGAGGAGCUCGAGGGGUUAAAUAUGGAAGACGAAGGAGAAGAGGAAGUUGUAGGCGAAGCUGAUGAAACUGAUGAUGAGUAUUAUAUGGCAGAGGAAGAUGUGAAAGAAUCUAGUGAGGAUGAGGAUGAGGAUGACGAGAUGAGUCUGCUCAAGAAAAUGGUACAAAAGAAUAAGAGAAAGAACGUUGUGUCAAGAGAAGAAGAUGAAGUUCAAGUCGAGAUUGAGAGCGACAGCGAAUUUGAUAACCAGAAAAGCACAACAGGUAGGAACAGAAAAAGUAAGAAGGAGAGGAACAAACGGAAUGCUGGAAAAGACACGACAGAAGUACAGAUACCUGGGGACGAUGGUAAUAAUUCAGAUGAAAAUGUGAAUGCAACGGACUCGGCUUCUGGAGCAGUUGAGGAGUCUCAGAAGGAGGAGGCAGAUCCAAUGGAGUAUGAUAACAGGAAGAGCACAGGGAGGAGGCGGAGAAGUAAGAAGGGUAAGGAUAUUAAAAGCAGUGAAGCUGAUGAUACUACUCAAAAAGCCACUGAAGAGACUCGUUCAGAAACGUUUGAGAAUCAAAGCGAAUAUAUAGAACACAAGAAGGCUCCAAGAUCAAAGAAAUCAACCAGAGGAAUGAAGUUCAAGGGCACAUCGAAGAAAGGCAGUAGUAACGAAUGCGACAGAUGCGGAGAGGAGUUUGAGUCGAGGACAAAACUAUUCAAGCAUAUAGCUGAUACAGGUCAUGCGACGGUGAAAUCCCGUUGAUCCAAUGCUUCAUUCUAAAGGAUUAUGCAGAGAAGAACCAAGAAUUGCAUUCUUUGAUUCAAUUUAUACACUUGAGACAACGAAGAAUAAAGGGUGGAAUGAGAGCAGGUAAGCUCUACGUUUUUGACAUUGUUGUAGUGCAAACGAAUUGAUGAUCAAACUUUAUGUAUCUUUGAAACAAAGAUUUUGCAGAGAAGAAAUCUAUCAAAUGUUUGGGGUUUCUAAUUGCAUUCUUUCAAAUGUGUCAUUCUUAGAAAAUUAUACGAUAACAGUUUCCACUCUCUUAUGUUAGUGUGGUCUCAUUAUCGAAAAUAUCUUCCGUGGGGUCUCUGUUGUAUAAUGUUAAAGACAUGUUUUUGAAACUAAACUGCGUUGUGGGCGGAGC